AUGGCGCACCUCGUUGACUCGGUCAGCUUGGCUAUUAUGGUGGCCGCAGCAGUACUACUACUGCUGGCCACCAUCGACUCGUCCGUAGCCGCUGCUCGUGCCGCCCCUCUGACGGAUGCUCUCAUCCGUCAGAUGCACGAGCAGUGGAUGACCAGUCACGGACGAGUCUACGUCACCUCAGCAGAGAAGGAGCGACGGUACCAGAUAUUCAAAGUCAACGUGGCCCGCAUAGAGUCUUUCAACGCGGCGGGGAACAACAACACGACGUCGUCUUACAAGCUGGGAGUCAACCAGUUUGCCGACAUGACCAACGAGGAGUUCCUAAAGAGCCAGACCGGGUUCAAGGGUUACAUUACGAGGAGUAAUGGUAGUAGUGUUGAUUCACCUUUCAAGUACGCAAAGGCGGCUAGUGGAAAUGAUGACGUGCCAGCUGCCACCGUGGAUUGGCGGGAGAAGGGAGCUGUUACGGCGGUUAAGAAUCAGGGCCAGUGCGGUUGCUGCUGGGCGUUCUCCGCCGUGGCCGCGGUGGAGGGGAUCAGCCAGAUCACGAGCGGGGAGCUGACGUCACUUUCCGAGCAGGAGCUGGUGGAUUGCGACAGGAGAGGGUACAACAACGGGUGCGACGGAGGGGUGGUGGACGAAGCCUUCAGGUAUAUCAUUCAAAACUUGGGCGGCACCAUGGCCACUGAGGCCGACUACCCUUAUACCGCAGCCGACGGCUCGUGCAAGGCUGGCAGGCCGAUUGGUGCGGCGAGCGGCGGAGGGGUGAUGAUCACGGGCUACGAAGAUGUUCCGAGGAACGACGAGGAGGCGUUGCUGCGUGCCGCGGCGAACCAGCCGAUCUCGGUGGCCAUCGAUGCGGGCGGGGACUCGUUCCAGUUCUAUCAUAGCGGGGUCUACACCGGCGAGUGCGGGACGCGGCUGAACCACGCGGUGACUGUGGUUGGGUAUGGGGAGAGCGAGGACGGGAUGAAGUACUGGCUGAUAAAAAACUCGUGGGGAGAGACCUGGGGGGAGGAAGGUUAUAUGAAGAUGGAGAGGGAUGUGGCGGAUGAAGGCGGUCGUUGUGGCAUUGCCAUGCAAGCUUCUUACCCGACUGCUAAUUAAUAAUUUUAAGUUGAUGAAUAUUUCUAAUUACGUAUACUGUUUCAGCAAUUUCAAUCAUAUGUAACUCGGUAAUGUGGUGGUGGAUAUUGGUUAUGUCUAGCCAUGAAUCCAACCUCUUCUAAUAUGAUACUUAUAGCUUUCUACCCGGUCCGCUUUGACCGGAUGAGUCUUGUUUUUCGGUCAUAUUAAUCAAAUUAUCAUAGUGAUCAAUGAAAUUAUUUCGAACUUAUUUGCCUUUUA